CGACAUUUAAAUGUACUCGAACCAUAAACGUCAUUACAAUCGUCAAACUUCAUCUCUAAAUUACUGUGAAUGAACACAAUGCUCUCCCAGAUCGUCAAACCAUUACAAAAACACAUAACGAAAAACAUCAGGCAAUUCAGGAAAUAUGUUAGAAAAUACAGCAAAAAGCACAGCCAAUCCAAAGAAAAAACUCAGAGUGAAUUUCAGGUCUGUACAAUUUCAGAUUGUAUGGUGGAUCCUUGUAAGCCAGAGCCUUCUGUUGUUAUUAUCGGAGCUGGAAUCGCAGGUUUAUCAGCAGCUCAAAGGCUUGUGCAUUGUGGAAUUAGUAACUUCACGAUUUUGGAAGCUACCGAAAGGCCCGGCGGAAGAAUACAUUCCUGCUGGUUGGGUGACGUUAUAGCUGAAAUGGGUGCCCAAUACAUAGAUGGCGCAUGUGUCGGAAACCCAAUCUACAAUUUAGCCGCUCAAGAAGGAUUAUUACAAGCCCCUCUGAAAACAGUGGACCCCUCCAAAGGCAUAUUCUGUACUAGUGAUGGACGGGCGAUUGAUACACCAAUAUCGAUGAUGGCUUUUCACGUUUUCAAACAUAUUGAGCACGAAGCUGCAAGUUUGUUCAAUAUGGGGUGCACCAAGGAUCACGGAUCUCUACAAAACUUCUUAGGAUUGCGAAUACAACAAGAACUGCAGAAGUUUCCGGAAGAUCGACGCUACGAUGUAUCGAGAAUAAUGUAUGGAUUAACGAAUGCCUUACGUGCAAGAAUAGGCGAUGACCUGAGUAGAGUCAGUGCAGAUAAUUUUGGAAGUAUAAUAAAUAUUCCUGGAGGUCAUGUUUGUCUACCAUUAUCUAGUCUCAAAUUUGGGAAACCUGUUGGACUCAUCAGAUGGGGAGCAGUGCAGAGUAGAAAUAAAGGUCCAAGAGCAGUUGUUCAGUGCUGUAAUGGUGAAGAGUUUUGUGCUGACUAUGUUAUCAUCACCGUUUCUUUGGGAGUAUUGAAGGAGCACGGCGAUAAACUGUUCUGUCCAGCUUUACCUGCGAAUAAAAUAGAAGCUAUUAAAGCAUUAGGUAGAUAGAAUUACUACGGUGAUAUUAAUGAUA